AUGGCCGCGUCGCAGGCAAUUGCUCAGCAUCUUUUUCGAAAGUAUGUGGUGGAAGAACCAUCGAAUGAUCCUUUAUACAACGUUGAUGGGUGUGAAUACUACUCGAAAUCACCAGAGAUGUUCUUCCGUGAUGGCAAACGUCGAAUUGACUUCGUUAUCGUUUACAAGAAAGGACAAAAUAGUGAGGAUAAGGAGGCAAAGCGUUUUGCUUUUUUAAGUGCACUGGCUGACCAAAUGAUCGAGAUGGAGGUGGAAGAUUGCAAUGGGAAUAUUUUGGCUGCUACGGGGCCUGCCGAUAAAGAGGUGGACACCGACAGCAUUGAGAAACUGCGACUCAAAGCACAGGAAGAGUCUGCAGUUCGCGACACUCUAGUUGAAGCCGUCGAAUCAGAUGGAGAUAGCAAAGCCAUGCAGGCGUUGGAGGAGGACAUAUUAGCGAUCCAUGACCUAGUUUUUGUAAAGCUACAUAUAGCCUGGACAACGCUUACACGUGUCGCUGAGGUGCUGCAAUUUAGGAAACCAUUAAAGCAGGUUGGUAUUUGUGUGCUUUUGUGA